AUGUCCGACUCUCAUUUCAGCAAGGGCGGCAGCUUUGAGCCCGUGCCGCAAAAGGCUCAGCAUCAGAACCUGCCUGGCCUCGAGAAGAAGAUGGAGCCAUCCAGCGAGUCAACAAAGCUCGAGGGCGCCGGACAGGCGUACGAGUACCUCGCGGCCGGCAAGCUCAAAGGCUGCAAGGCUUUGAUCACAGGCGGAGAUUCCGGCAUCGGCCGCUCCGUCGCGGUCCUCUUUGCUCGCGAGGGCGCCGACGUCAGCAUCGUCUACCUUCCCGAGGAGCAGCCCGACGCCGAGGACACCAAGAAGAUGGUCGAGAAGGAGGGCCAGAAGUGCCUGCUGAUCCCCGGCGACCUGAUGGACUAUGCCAAGUGCAAGGAGGCCGUGCAGAAGCACGUCGACGCGUUCGGCACUAUCCACGUGCUGGUCAACAACGCGUCCAAGCAGAUGAUGUGCGACGACAUCGCCGAGAUUGACCUCGACAAUGUCGAGAGCACCUUCCGCAGCAACAUCCUGCAGAUGUUUGCCAUGACCAAGUAUGCGCUGCCGCACAUGGACAAGGGCGGGUCCAUCAUCAACACCACCUCGACAGUUGCCUUCCGCGGCACGGCCAGCAUGGUCGACUACGCGGCCACAAAGGGCGCCAUCGUCUCGUUCACCCGGGCGUUGGCCAAGCAGCUCAUGCCCAAGGGCAUCCGAGUCAACGCCGUCGCGCCCGGGCCGGUGCACACGCCGCUGCAGCCCGCCUCGCGUCCCGCCGAGCAGAUGGAAGGGUUCGGCGGCAAGUCGCAGAUCGGCCGCGUCGGACAGCCCAGCGAGAUUGCGCCGAGCUUUGUGUUUCUGGCGAGCAAGGACGCCGAGCUGUAUUAUGGCCAGGUGCUGCAUGCUUAUCCGUUGGGAGAUUAGAGGGUGUGAUUGAUGAUGAUGGUUGGAUAAUCAGGCUAUAGCUGUGUAAAGGGG